CCCCUUCUGAGCAAACCUGGUGUGUUGAAUUAUGUUCCUACAAACUGCCUAACUAUCAACAAUUCAAAAAAGCAAUAUAUUUGCGGAUGAAGUUAAUAAUCUCCCUUCAGUGUAAAUUUUAGCUACUGUUGAUGUGUAAGGAACUGAAACAGUUUUAGCGGAUGGAGGUAAUGUCGAUCUCCCCGCGCUGCAAGCGACGUUGAACUGUGCAACAGACGAGCCGUGCAGACCAUUCCGUCUGUUUCCACUGUAAUGUCGGCUGCAUCAUUUGUUGAAAGGGACUUUCUCAUUCGCAUAUGGUGUCUGCUCGUUAAACGGUGUAGCGGUCUCCAUGGCGACCAGUGCUGUUCCCGGGGACAACCUGCCCACCUAUAAGCUGGUGGUGGUGGGGGACGGGGGCGUGGGCAAGAGCGCCCUCACCAUCCAAUUCUUUCAGAAGAUUUUCGUCCCAGACUAUGACCCCACCAUCGAGGACUCCUAUCUCAAACACACUGAGAUAGAUGGACAGUGGGCCGUCCUGGAUGUUCUGGACACAGCAGGCCAGGAGGAGUUCAGUGCUAUGAGAGAGCAAUACAUGCGCACGGGAGAUGGCUUCCUCAUCGUGUUCUCUGUGACAGACAAAGCCAGCUUCGCACACGUGGACCGCUUUCAUCAGCUCAUCCUGAGGGUUAAAGACAGGGAGUCCUUUCCCAUGGUCCUGGUUGCUAAUAAGGUGGAUCUGGUGCAUUUACGGAAGAUCACAAGUGAGCAGGGAUGGGAGAUGGCCGUGAAGCACAGUAUUACAUACAUAGAAACAAGUGCCAAGGAUCCACCCAUGAAUGUGGAUAAAGCAUUUCAUGAGCUUGUGAGAGUGAUUCGGCAGCAGAUUCCAGAAAAGAGCCAGAAGAAGAAGAAGAGCAGAUGGAGGGCAGACAGGCGCUCAGGCUCAGCCAGGGCUCACUGUGUCUUGUUCUGACUGUUUAUGUCUCUCUCGCUGUCUCUCUCUAUCUCUGGCUCUGUCGGUCUCUCGCUCUCUCACUCUGGGCAUGUCGAUGAUGCGAUGAUGGCUCAGACUGUUAACACACACUCACACACGAGCAAAACACACGCUACCCCUUUGAUGUAAUACUACUGCACACAGUGAGAAUACUUACCCGGGUUAGGGUCAGCUCCAGCUAAAAGCCAUCCAGUCCAGGCUGUGUCUUCUGUCACUUGGUUUAGGGAGUCAUGGCCCAACGUUUGAGUCAUAAUGGUCUUCUAUAGCUCAUAAUAGAGUUCUGUAGAUCAUAAUAGUGUUCUGUAGAUCAUAAUUGAGUGCUCUAAGUCAUAAUAGAAUUCUGUAAGUCAUAGUAAUGUUUUAUAGACAAUAAUAUUGUUCUAUAAGUCAUCAUAAUGUUCUAUAGACAAUAAUAUUGUUCUAUAAGUCAUAAUAGUGUUCUAUAGGUCCUGUUGACUUGAUUUCUGCUUCUUUCUGCUUGUUAUAGCUGUGUAUGUGUAUAGAGACGUAUUGGUGAAGUUAAGGCAAUCUCUUCAUCUCACACUGGCUGUUGAAUACCUGGUGUACAGGUAACAAGCUGACUUUCUUAGACACCAACUUAAAACGAUGUCCCGAACGAGGCCUUGUUUUUGUAUGUGUUUGUACACUUGCGUCAUCCUUUACGUCCUCAGCAUAGGGGGAAACGUUCAGGCCUGUAACAGAAUUGACUCAUUACACAUAGAGAUGGAGGGGACAUCUCCGUUUGCUGUCCACACAGAGGUGGAGAGGACGUGUCCAUUUGUUCCAACAGCAUCUGCUCAGGAAUGCAGAUUUCUGCACAAGCCGCUGCUCUGUUUAAAGCCAUCAUGCCGAUUUCACACCAGAUUUCUCAGUCUUGGAGUCAGCACUAAUGGAAGUGUUUUAUGCGCUAAUGGGAGUGUUCUGUGUGCUAAUGGGAGUGCUCUGUAUGCUAAUGGAGUGUUUUAUGCACUGAAGGGAGUGUUUUAUGUGCUAAUGGGAGUGUUCUGUGCGUUAAUGGGAGUGCUCUGUGCGCUAAUGGGAGUGUUUUAUGCACUAAUGAGAGUGUUCUGUGUGCUAAUUGGAGUGCUCGGUGCACUAAUGGGAAUGUUUUAUGCACUGAAGGGAGUGUUCUGUGUGCUAAUGGGAAUGUUUUAUGCACUGAAGGGAGUGUUCUGUGCGCUAAUGGGAGUGCUCUGUGCGCUAAUUGGAGUGUUUUAUGCGCUAACGGGAGUGUUCUGUGUGCUAAUGGGAGUGCUCUGUGCGCUAAUGGGAGUGUUUUAUGCGCUAAUGGGAGUGUUCUGUGUGCUAAUGGGAGUGCUCUGUGUGCUAAUGGGGGUGUUUUAUGCGCUAAUGGGAGUGUUCUGUGCGCUAAUGGGAGUGCUCUGUGCGCUAAUGGGAGUGUUUUAUGCGCUAAUGGGAGUGUUUUGUGCGCUAAUGGGAGUGUUCUGUGUGCUAAUGGGAGUGCUCUGUGUGCUAAUGGGAGUGUUUUAUGCACUGAAGGGAGUGUUUUAUGUGCUAAUGGAGGUGCUCCGUGUGCUAAUGGGAGUGUUCUGUGCGCUAAUGGGAGUGUUUUAUGCACUGAAGGGAGUGUUUUAUGUGCUAAUGGAAGUGCUCUGUGCGCUAAUGGGAGUGUUCUGUGCGCUAAUGGGAGUGUUUUAUACGCUAAUGGGAGUAUUUAUGCGCUAAUGGGAGUAUUCUGUGCGCUAAUGGGAGUAUUUUAUGCGCUAAUGGGAGUAUUCUGUGCGCUAAUGGGAGUGUUCUUUGUGCUAAUGUGAGUGUUCUGUGUGCUUAUGGGAGUGUUUUAUGUUCUGUGCAUGCUUAUGAUCUAGGAGAGAAGAACAUUUGUCUCGCAAGGUACCAGAGGUACCUGGAAAUUUGUUCCUGUUUCAAGACAAUGUUAAAGCCUGGUGCUGCAGCACCUCAACACAGUGGUAGUGCUCUCCGUCUAGAGCUGGACUGAAUCAAACCUUUAAAGCUAAAUAGCUUUUAUUUCACUGUCCUUGUGCUAAUCCAGUUAUAUCUGGGGGAUAAACAUAUUGCACUAUGGAUCGAGACGUGUGUGUUUUUGUUUGGCAUCAGUUCAUUUCUAGCUGGUGCUGUGCCCUGAUGAGAAAGAUGUCCUACUUGUGGACAAGUUGAUGUCAAGUGCCGUCACAAGCCUGACAUCCCUGCUGCCCUGCCUGAACUUCUUCUCUUCUCCUCACUCUUCUUCUCCCACCCCUUCUUCAUCUUCUUCCUAUUACUUUGUGUUCUGGAAUUAUGGCUGGUUACAAACUAGCCUUGAAGGCAUGGUUCCACAAUAAAAGCAACCGCAACAGGAUGUGCUCAGCUGUCUUAACACUAAAGUAAAGCCAGCAGCAACAGUUAACAUGAGCUCAAGAUCCCUCCUCUAUGUAAAGCAUAUUAACAGCAGCUGUAGGGUUUUGGUAAAGGGAGGAUCAAGGUCCUGUCUCGUUUCAACAUGCCUUCACGUUCAACUGGUUCAAUAGCAUUACAUAUCUCAAAAUGCUGAGGUGCACCGAUGAAUGUUUGCUGAGUCAUUCUUGAGUGUGUCAGUGAAAGACAUUGUAACGUCAUUGCACGAGGACUGUUAUGGUUUUCUUACUUAGAGAAUAAUCCACUGACCAAGAAUCUUUGGAUGUUGAUCUUUUUUGAUGUUUGGCUCACAAGCAUUGUCACUUUAUUUAAAACAAGUUUAGGCUUGUAAAAUGGUGGAAGUAGUGUCACUUGUGUUGAUGUGGGGGGGGGGGGUCCCACUUGUUUGAAUGUAAACCUGAACAAUUUUAACCACAUCUUGUUCAUGUAGAGGCGGUAAAUUGUAUGAUUCGAGUGAUAGUGUGAACACUGGUCUCAGUCUCUCUGCUCCAGGGAUGUACCUUAUCUCAUGAAUAACUACCCCUCCAUUUUUUAUUUGAGGACAGAAUGUUAAUGCGCUGUAUUUGCAAUUACAUUAGAAACCUACUGCAAGACAUCUGGCAUAUAGAUGUAACUUUUUUGCUACUGUUUUUAUACUUAAGUAAUUUAUUAUUAAUUAUUUCUUGUGCUCUAUUACUGUAUUUGUAUUAAGAG